AUUCGUCAAGACGGAGACGGUUAAAGAAUUCAGAGAAAACUACUUUAUAUAGCCCAUGAUGGGUUAUGGGAAGCUGUGUCUGUUACUGCUGCUCAGCAGCUACACAUUAGGCCAGGAAGGCAGCAGCAUCCAUGGAGAAGCUUGUUCGUUGGCAUCCAGAUUCAAGGUCUAUAAGAAAUAUGUGUACCAGUAUACCACAGAGAGCAGAAAUGGUGUGGCCGGCACUGCCAACCUGAGGAAUGGCCCUAAAGUCUCAUGCCAGGUGGAGAUCGAAGUCCCCGAAGCAUGCAGGUUCAUCAUGCACACGUCUGACUGUGCACUCAGUGAGAUUUUUGACAUGGAUGCCAGGGGUCAGCCGGUCUACAGGCCAGCUCGUAGCUUUGAGGCCUUCAAGACCGCCAUGGAAAAGAACACUCUGAAGUUCACCGUAGACGACGCAGCCCACGUGCAGCUUUACCCCGAGACGGAUGAGCCUGUCAACAUUCUCAACAUUAAGAGAGGGAUCGUUUCGGCACUUGUGGUUCCAGUCAUAGGGGAAGGACAGAGCAGCAUCAUGAGCACAGUGCAUGGCCUGUGCUUAACAGACAAUUUGGUGAAUGCCAGGGGAGAUAUCCCCACAGAUGUGACACUGUACAGGGAUCUGUCCCAGUGUGACCAGUUCCACAGCAGGGAACUCGCCAACAGCCCCCUGGCCCUGCUGCAAAAGCUGCAUCACCCAAUAUCAAAGCUCAUCACAAGCAGUCAAGACUGUGACUACCAGUUUGAUAACAAGGGAAGACACAUUACAACAGCCAAGUGCACAGAGAAACACAUCUACCUGCCCCUCUCCCACGAGGAGCAUGGAAUAUCAUCUGUGGUCACGCAGGAUCUCAGCUUUCAAGGCUCUAAGAGGAUCAACAACAGACUAUUUGAUGUGAACCUUAGCCAGAGCAAGCCACUCCACUUUGAAGACCCUGAUGAUAAAACUCCACUCCAGACUAAGGACACUGCCGUGAGCAUCCUGCGGGAGCUUGCGGCUCUGUCAGACACAGACCAAGGUCAGAAGAGGCCCAGCCUUUUCCAUAAGCUGGUGUCCAGCUUGCGUGUCCUGAGGAACGAGACCCUGAGCCAGACAGUCACUGAAAUGCUGGACGUGUCGCCGUGGCUCACCUGGCAGGCCCUGUUCCAGUGUGGAACUUCAGAGUGCACCAGCGCCAUCCUCCAGGCUAUCAGGACCGUCGAUGGUCUGUCACUGGAGAUGGACGCUCUUGUCUAUGGGCUGAGUCUGCAGGCUGACCCUGACGCAGCACGUGUCACUGACAUGCUCAGCAUGGCUCAGUAUAGACAGAGCAGGGCAAUCAUGUAUGCUCUGGCUAAUACAGUCAAGAAGUUUUAUGAAGGUGAGGUCACCCCACAGGUCACGGAUGUCUCAAAGUUCAUGGAGAUGCUUUUAAACGACUGCUCGGGAGAAAGGACCAAUUCUGACUCUGACUCCCCGACUGACCCUCAUGAGAUGUCCUUCCUUGUCCUGAGGGUUGUCGGUGUCAUGGGUCAGGCCAUGCAAGCUGCCAGCCCCAACCUGAUUUCCUCUAUUCUGCGGUGUGCCAGGAAAACAGACAUUCCAUUAUCUAACCAAAAGGCAGCUAUACAAGCUUUUAGACUGAUGGACAUUAAUGAUAAGGUCAGAAAUGUUCUCUUGGAGGUGUUCCAGGACGCUCGGAGUGCUGUUGAGAAACGUAUAGCAUCUUACCUGAUCUUAAUGAAGAACCCACAUCGAGCCCUGGUGAAAGACAUUGUGCAAAAGUUGGAAAAUGAGAGGGAUGAACAGGUCAACAACUUUGUGGUCUCUCACCUGAAGAACAUCCUCGUCUCCAAUGAGCCACAAUUGCACCAACUCAAGGAGUACAUUGAUUUGGCCUUGAAAGACCACCCACCGUCCACAAACGAGGCAUAUGAUGGCAUGUCACGCAACUACAAAACAGACUCUCCCUUGGGUUCAGCGCGGGCCAACAUCAUCUUUGAUGGCAGGGACACCUUACCCAAGGAGGUGAUGCUGGAGACCACACUGAGGGCGUUUGACUACAACUAUGACUUGUUUGAGGUCGGCAUUGAGGGAACAGGAUUUGAACCAACAAUUGAAGCUCUAUUUGGGCAUAAGGGUUUCUUCCCUGACUCCAUCUCCAGAAUUACAUACUGGGCAGGGGACAAAGCCCAGAUGCUCAGAGAUGUUUUGGACCGAAUUUCCCCUGACAGAGUGAAAAGACAGGUUCCACAGGAUCUUCUGAAAGAUCUCACAAACAAUAUUCAGAAGCUUGUGGAUGACGUGCGUCUCUCUCAAGCCCCUGAAGCCAUUGCCUACCUUAGGCUCCUGGGAAAUGAGAUUGGAUACAUGAAGACGAGCGAAAUGAGAAAGAUGGUGGAACAGUACUACAGUGUUUUCAUGAAAUAUCUACCGUAUAAGUUCCUUAUGUCAUUAGUUUACAGCACCAACAAUAGGGUCUUUGCCCAUUACAUCUUCAUGGAGAAUGCCUUCUCUCUACCUACUGCAUCUGGCUUCCCUCUGAAGUUUUCACUGGCUGGUGUGUUUGCACCUGGUGCCAAAGGAGGCCUAGCUCACGCAGUUCGUAGUGGAACGACUGAAUUGUCCUUCAUGCCAUCAGUUGGGAUAGAAUUCAUCACUCAAAUGGGCGUGCAUAUUCCAGAGUUUGUGGAGGCGGGGCUUGAGAUGCACACCAACAUGUAUCACGAGAAUUCCAUCAAUGCCAAAGUCACCAUUAACAGACACCAGAUGAGACUGCUCAUACCUGCUCCUAAGUCUAACAUUCAGUUGUUCAGCGUCAGCAACCAGCUGCUGUCAGUCUCCUCCAGAGAAACAGUACCAGUGCCAUCACUGAUAAAGGACAGGACUGAAUCAACAGACUGUCAGCCCUUAUUCAGCGGUGUGAAACUCUGUACACGUCUGCAUUACUCUAAUGCUACUUCUGGGGAUGGGACCCCACACUACCAUCCCUUAGCUGGAGAAUCCAGGUUUGCUGUGGAAAUUCAGCCCACUGGAGAAAUCUCAGAGUACACCGCUACCAUUGAAAUGCUCAAGGAGGGUAAAAGGGGUCGUCACACAGUUGAUGGUCUGAAGCUAACCUUGAAGGCAGAAGGUGAUGAUUCAACAGAGGCCACUGUGACUCUGAAGUACAACCGCAACAAGAACAUUUUGACCACUGAUGUCGUCAUUCCCGACUAUGACGUGGAAGCAGGCAUCAAAGUGGCUGUAACUGACAAUGACCCGAGGGGCAAGAAGAUGCGAGGUAUUACCAUUGACGUCACCAACAAGAACAUCCCACAGCUGACUCUAGUUGGACGGAUAAGGCUUGACAGGAUGAAGGAUGCCAUGAUACAACUCCAGAUGGCCAUCCCCUCUCUAAAAACCAAUGCAUCUGUCACUGCAACCCUGAAGAAGAAUGAGGAUGUGCUCAUGGGUGUAGAGACGGUCAUCACCCUCCCUGAGAUGUCCUACCAACAGAAAGCUUCACUCAAAUACGGUGACGACAAGUUUCAGAUGGAACUGAAAUCAAAUCUGAACUCAGAGAUUCACAAACUGAUCCCAGAUCUUGAGGUUCAUCAUGAGCAGCUGCAGCAACUCAUUGACAAUAUCCUGGACCAGAAAGUGGCAAAGACUGAUAUGAAACUCCGUCAUAUAGUCACUAAAGCAAUAGAGGCAGGUAAUAUAUGGCUGGACAAAUUUGCAGCACAUAUCCCCUAUCUUGCAAAUCUGCGAAGUAAGAGAAGCCUCUCAGAUCUGACUUUGCCACCUCUGCCCGAGAAACUGUUCCUGCAGCUUGACAGCUUGUUCCGAUACCAGUUCAACAAAGAAAAGAUGGCCGUCUCACUUCCUCUGCCACUUGGAGGCAAAAAGUCAAAGGAACUGAACAUUCCGACCUCUUUGUCUACGCCCUACAUAAAUUUAGGAUUGAUACUUUUCCCUCCUAGAACCUAUGAGUUACCAUCCUUUACUAUACCACCUACUUUGGAUUUUUCUAUACCUCUUCUUGGUCUGGCUGAAGCAUCCACCAAGAUCAACAGCAACGUUUACCUUUGGGAAGGCUCCAUCUCUGGAGGCAACAACACUGUUGAUAUCCCCAGCUACAUUGUUCAGUACAAAGCCAUGGCUCAAUCACCUCUCAACUUAUUGUCAUACAAGUUUGAAGGAGCUGGACUGAUGUCUGGGAGAGCUGAUGACCACCUCAAGUAUCUUCUUAAUACUUCCUUUAGUCAUUGCCUCAUUGACACAAGCUUCAGUGUCAUGGACACGUUAAGGGUAACAAACAAACUGAAUGCAAAAGCCAACUAUAGGGUGGAAGCCUCUAGUCCAAUGGGCCUGCAGGCCUCCAUCUAUUAUUCUGCUCAGUCAACUUCAACUCUGAAUUCAGAUGAAGUCUCAGGAGACGGCACCGUGGAUGGACUGCUUAAAAUAGGUCCGUUCUACACCAACACCUCCUACACCAACAGCUACUAUCUCCGUCCCCUAGAUAGAAAAGGAAGAGGAGAGUCGACCUUGGAAUUUGACUCGCCAUUCGUCCAUCUUCACAACAGGAUCCAUGGAGUCUAUGCAAACUCUGAGUUGAACCUUGUGUCUAAAACCAAUGUCCAGAGGGACACCAUCAAGCAUGUGGCAGAAGUCAAGUACAAAGAUGCAAAGCUGACCCUGAAAUGCAAUGCACUUGCUGCAGUCAUGGGUAAAUCACUCAGUAAAAAAAUUGAGUUUGGGGUGUCCAACGAUAUGGGCAUCAUCCGGAUUGAGUCACAUGCAGAUGAUGUCACAAAUAGAGCGUAUUCACUUAUAACAGGAUUGCUGGAUGUGAAUGGACUUAAGCUAAACUCUGAGGGUUCCCUCACUUCUGUGGCAGGUCGUGGAUUGCACAAGGCUUCUGUGAUGGUUGGUAGAAAGGGUUUGAGCACAAGUGGCACUAACAGCAUUCAGUUCAGCUCUGUGACUGUUGAGAAUAUCUACAACGGUGUUAUCGACAGUAAUGGUGCCACUCUGUCCUCCAUGACCAAAGCAAUGGCCGAGGAGAGCCGAGGAGAGCUAAACAUCGAGGGUAAAGUCACAGGCGUGGAAGCCUCCUUGGAUGGUGUAUUCAAGGGACAUGCAUAUGAUGCGACCACAAGAAACAACAUGAAUGUUUUACUGAACCGUAGGGCUCUAACUUUUACUGGCAAUUCUAUUGGAAUGCUAAACCGAAUGAAAACAGAAAAUAGCCACUCGCUGACCCUCACUCUCUGGACCCUAGCCCUUAGGUCAAAGUCUAACAAUAUCAUCUGUACUGAUAUUUACUACAAGCAAGAUACCAAGCUUGAUAUGAAGCCAUUUGUCAUGUCAUUUGAUAUGACAAAUGACCUUAAAUAUAAUGAUGUUGACUUGAAAAAUGAAGGCCACUUGAAGCUUGAGCCCAAAAAGGUGGAUCUGAGUGGAAGUAUGAAGGGAGCAUAUGGAGAGGAGUACAACAUGAAGCACAUCUAUGAACUAACCUAUGACGAUAUGGCUGGGGCAAUUAAAUACAGUACAUCUGGAGAUGUACUGGACGCCCAGAUAAGUCACAACUGUGAACUUGAGUUUGCUGGGCUUUCCUCCAAGUCAAAAUGUGAAGCAAGAAUAAAUUCCGAGCCGUUACGUUUUGACAGCACCGUUCGCACCAUGGCACUGCCUUUCAGCGUCUCUGUUGAUGCACUUGUCAAUAGCGAUGGAGAAAUUAAGCUGUAUGGGAAGCACAGUGGACAGCUGUACAGCAAGCUGUUGGUUAAAGCUGAGCCCUUGGCUCUUGCAUACUCUCAUGACAGCCGCGUGUCAACCACUCAUUUCCUUUCAGGUGAGGAGGCUUCCACUAAUUUAGACAACAAAUGGGAUGGCCUCCUGACCCCAAGUGAUCAAUAUCUGGAGUGGAAAGUAAAAUCUAAACUAAACAAUCACACGUAUAACCAGGACAUCAGUACCUACAAUAAUCCACAACAAACUGGAUUAGAAUUUUCAGGAGCAUUGUUAACAGACAUUUUCAGCCCACUGUUCAAAGACAAGAGUUCACCACCCGAAAUACAAGAAUUCAGCAUGACUGGUUUCCUCAAGUAUGACAAAAACACUAACUGUCAUAUUAUUCAUAUCCCAUUCAUUGAAAGCCUCCCUGUUGCUUUUGAGAAAUUCAAAACCACAUUUGUACAAGCCUUAGAAUCACUUCUGUGGUUCAUUAAUAGUUUAGAUAUCAGCCAGCUAAUCACGGACACUAGCGCCAAGUUAGAUGGGCUACCAAAGCAAGUGAGGGAUUUCAUGCAAAAAAUGGAUCUGGAGAAUAAAAUGAACCAAGCAAAAGCAAAACUCGAUUAUUUGAUCGAUGAGUUUGCUGUGACAACUGAUGACUUAGAGCUUGCAUUGAGUGACUUGAGCAAGAACUUGGAAAAUACAGUGGUAGACAUUGGCACUAAAAUUAGAGACCUCAUCAGUACAGUCAAAGACUAUUUCAAAGAAGGACACCUAGACACCAAGAUAACAAAUAUUCUUUCAAAGAUUGGAUAUCAACUUCAAGCCUUUGAUGAAAAGUAUAAAAUCAGGCAGUCACUUGUCAAAGUGCUUCAUGCCCUUGAGGAUGUUAUACGGCAGAUUGACCUACAGAAGCUCUCCGAAACCAGUACUGCAUGGCUCCGAGAGCUUGAUUCUGAGUAUAGAAUAAUAGAAAAAAUAAAAGACACACUGUCCGCAAUAAAACAGGAAAUUGAGAACUUUGACGUCAGGAUGUUUUUUAAAGAUCUAAACGAUUACUUCCGCUCAAUUGAUUUGGUCAAAUAUGUUGAGCAGCUGUCCUAUAAAAUCCCACAUUCAGAUAUAGCAAAAGUGAUUGAAUCUAUGAAUGAGGUUAUAGUCAACUGGAUUGAUGAAUACGAAAUCUCCAACAAACUCAAUGCUGUGUAUUUCUACAUUAGGGAUCUUUUUUUAAAAUACAACCUUGACGAUAAACUUAAACAAUUAAUGGAUCAGAUAGUGGUUCUCGUCGAGGAAUUCAAAAUCGAUAGCACUGUGCAGUCUGUCGUAGAUGCUUUGAAAUCUAUCAACUUUGAAUUUGUUUAUGACGAAAUUAUACAAAUUUUGCACAUUGCGACACAACGCCUUAGAGCAAUUGACUUUAAGGACAGCAUUAAUGACCUUAAUGAACAUAUUUCUUCAUUGCUGAAGUCAAUGAAGAACUUUGACUACAAUGCAUUUGUUGAUGCGGCCAACAGGAAGAUUGCUGAACUAACACAUUAUAUAAAUGAGCAAUUUAAAAUAUAUGAAAUAGUUCAAAAAAUUGAGGCUGUUAGGGAUUUUUUCAUAAAGAUUCAAAAUUCCCUCACCACUUAUUUGGAUAAACUCAAAAACACAAAGGUCGCUGAUGCUCUAAAGAAACUGGCAAAUGUGAUCAACGCUACAUUUUACAAUGAUGUAAAGCUGAAAGUGCAGGAUAUGCUCGAGGACAUGAAACAAAGAAUCCUUGACAUGGAUAUCAGAGAUGAAAUGUACAUUCACCUCCAAAGAGCAAGUGAAUCCUACAGCAAUGUGGUUGCUUUCAUUACUAUGCAAUUUCAACAGCUGACAGAGAAGAUGGGACAAGUGGUAAAGGACAAUAAUGUCAUCAACCAGAUUGUGGAAGCUGUAUAUACACUUCUUGGUGCACUGAAAAGAGCAGAGAUUGACAUUGGCACUUUCACCGUACCCUUCACUGACCUUGUGAUUCCAGCAUUUGCGAUCAACUUCAACAAACUGCAUGAGAUCAGCAUCCCUGCUCACCUUUCACUUCCUGAGUUCACCAUUCUGAACUCCUACACAAUCCCUGGCUUUACCAUAGACUUCAAUGAGAUCAAAGCAAAGAUUGUUGCGAUCAUAGAUGACAUGAGAGGAUUUGAAUUCAAAAUGCCUGACCCAGAGGAAAUCUUUGGUGAUCUAAAAGUUCUCUACUUAUUUGAGCUACCAGAUCUAACGUUCCAAGAUAUAACCCUAUCAGAAAUAAGAUUUCCAGCCAUCAAUAUCCCCAAAUUAAAUCUGAAGGACUUUGAAAUCACCAUGCUUCCAAUUCCAGAGAUCAAAUUCCCUGAGUUUCCCACUGAUAUAUGCAUCCCUAUUUUCAGUAAACUCCAUGGAGAAUUGAGAAUGAAUUCCCCACAUUAUUCUCUUGUAACUACUGGAAAGAUUGAAAACUCAACAUCUACACCAAAAAACCCACAGUUUACUGCCACCAUUAACUCUCAUGUAAAGUCAUCCAUUAAGCCCCUUGAAUAUACAUUCGAAGCCACUGCUCAGUUGGGUGCUCCCAGAAUGAAAAAACUGCUAUUCACAGAGACUAUAAAAGCUACACACAUGGCCUUCUCCAUUGAUCAUGAGGGAUCCUUAACACUUACUGAUUCUUCUGCUGAGUCCUCUGUCAAGACUACUACUAAAGCCACAACCCAAAUGUACAAAGCAGACUUGGUCCACAAUAUAGCAUUUACACUGAAGAGUGGAAUCUUUGCGGCCAUAGACAUGACCUACAAUCACAACAUGGACAUCCCAUCAAUUGAAACUUCAUCUCAGGCAUCAUUGAAACAGGAAAUGUCAGCCAUAAUGGAACCUCACCAAAUUACAUUCACUGAAGAAACUACUGCAAAUGGAAAGUGGUCCAUUAAAGACUACUCUGAUGAAGUUACACACACAAGCAAUUUGGAUUUCAACAUCAAUUUCAACACUGCCAAGCUAACCUAUGUCGGAGAAACAGCCUGUAAGGCUUUGAAAUCAAAGAAAACACUGACUGCUGAAUCAGUGGUCUUAAGCCAUAUCACCAUUGAAGCAAGAUGUGAAACUGAAAUUCCAUCAUUCAAGAAGAGUGUUAUGAUUUUAAAUGGGGAGGCACACGUAGGGGGCUUGAAUGUCACACUGGCAGCCUCUCAUGAUGCUGAAUUCACUGGCAGUCUGUCUGGGUCAAUGUCCAACUCACUGGAAUUCUUGGCACAUCCAUUUGAGAUUGUGCUGAAUGCUAAAAAUACAGUGAACUCAAAGAUUUUCUUCCCCCUGAAACUCAAAGGAAAAGUGGACCUCCUACAUGAUUAUGGAGCCACACUGAACUCUGAGAAGCAGCGUGCUUAUUGGUCUGCUUUGGCAAGAUUCAACCAGUACAAGUACAAUCACAACAUCACUACAGAAAAUAAUAAAAAAGAGUGCUUCUUCUACUCAUCAGCCACUGGAGAGGCUAAUCUGGACUUUCUGACCAUUCCUCUUUUUAUCCCCGAGAUAAAAGUACCUUUUCUUGAAAUGAAAGCCCCAGAAGUCAGAAAUUUCUCCCUGUGGGAACAGGCUGGACUAAAAGCCUUGCUUACCACUCCUCAACAGUCAUUUGACAUGAGCCUGUAUCUGCAUUCCUUUAGGAAUCCUGAUAUGCACAGCCUUGAGUUAGACCUUGAACCAAUCUACAGUGCUAUCAGUGACAAUGCAAACAUCAUCCAUCGUCAGUUUGAACAACUGAGAGACAAGGUAGUUGCACUUCUCAAAGAUUCGUUAAAUCAAGCAAAGUCACAAUAUAUCAAGCACAAAAUUGACACUUCAAGUCUGCCACCUAGAAUCUUCACUGUCCCCGGAUACAAAAUACCAAUACUCAAUAUUGAUGUUUCUGCAUUCAGGGCAGAGAUGCCAGCAUUUAGCUUCUUUGUCCCCAAAGAGGUCAGUACUCCAAGCUUUAAAGUCCCAGCAUUGGGUUUCUCUGUGCCAUCUUACACCGUUGUUCUACCAUCUUUAGGGUUGCCAGUCAUUCAUGUUCCAGAAACAUUAAGUGAAACAAAGCUGCCCACUUUCACACUACCAGCCAUUCAGAACAAAAUUUGGAUUCCACUCGUGCGUAAUAUAACCUGUAACUUUACCUUUAAAUCCACUUUGAUUACAUUGCGUGUAGUUGCUGCUGGCCUUUUCGAUCAACAUGAAAUUGCUGCUUGGUUUGGUGUUUCCUCAACAUCCAUGUUUGACUUUCUAAAUGUAAAGAUUGACAGCAAGAGUACUUUGACAAGGAUGAGGGGAAUAAAACUGGCUUGCACUGUUAAAGUUGAACAUGACAAUGUGGAAGCAAGCCAUGAAUGUGCUAUUAGCCUCACAAAAAGGAGCCAGGAAGGUUUUGUUGCUAAUUCAGCAACAAUCUAUUUACCGUUCCUCAGUCUAGAAUUGCAGCAGGAGCUCACUGGAAAUACCAAGACCAAGCAAACUGUUGUCUCCAAGAAAAAAAUCAAUUACAUGUUUAACAUUCCUGUUAUUGAGUCUGCAGGCAAAGGAAACCUUGAUAUUAAAUGGGAAAUGAACCCAUUCACCUAUGUUUCUCUUGACAACCAUGGGAAGUCAGACAUAACAAUAAUGGGUGGCUAUAAUUUUGCUGGAGACCUAGAGAAUGAGGCUAAUCUUUACUUUAAUCCCAAUCGCUUUCGGUCACUUGUACGCACUGUCUUAAACCUAAACAUUAAUAAGCAGGAAAAGCAGAAACAAAGCUCAAAUGAUCACAUCCUCCAGUUCAACUUGAAUAAGAGCUUGGUUGUCAUGGGUUCCACGUGGCGUAACUCGAUUACACUUGAUUACUUGAGCAUUAACAAUUUAAAUUCAGCAUCUUUGAGCACAAAUGGAAGGCACGUUAUUAAAGGAGAACUACAUUUUGUUCCUUUCACAACCUUCAAGACUACCUUGGACAUUGAUGCCAGUCAGCCGUGUAAUUUGGGUCACGCUGGACUUGUGCAUAGCAUCCAACUUGCCAUCAACUCAGAGAAUCAGACCCUUACCUGGAGUGGUGAGGAACAACUGUCAUCUGUUAUCCAUACUUUUGAUUUCCUCAUGCUCAAUGAUGAAUCACAAAUACGCAUGGACUUGACUGAGUCAGUGAAAGACCACCUCGCUUUCUUGACAGUUAAGUUUCCUGUGUAUCAGAAGACCCUCUGGGAUGUGUUAAAAUUUGAUCAGGUCACAAAUAUGGACAGCUUGCAAUUCCUUAACAUGUCCUACAGCAUUGUAUACACAAAGUCCUUGGAAGGACAAGAGUAUGCAAUACCAUUUAAACAAUUUGAAAAUGGAAUUUCUUUUAGCAUGCCUGAGAUCAGCUUGGACAUGCCAUCUUGGGUUAAAGACAUUUUACAUGCCAUAAAAAACAUAGACAUGCGAUUUGAACCCUCAGAUGUGCCCGAUCAUCUCACUUUUCCACCUGCAGUCACAACUCCAGCCUUUGAUGUUCCAUUCACCAACUUGCACGUGAAACCUGUUACAAUUGAUCCCAAGAACCUUUUCAUUCCAAAGGUGAUGACCACUACAGCCUUUAAAAUCUUCUUGCCUCGUGUGCCAACAAUAUCAGUGCCAAGUUACAAUAUUACUACAGAAUAUCUACAAGAAAAAAUGUCAUUCCUCUCGUUCAAGAAGCCUGCAUAUGAUAUCACACUUUCAUCUUUCGAAGUGCCAAAAACAUUCGUCAUUGGAGGACAUACCAUCAGUCUACAUGAAAUUACACGCUCAAUUUCAAACAUUCAACAUCCCACCAUUAAAUAUGAAGACCAGAAUUUUAGAAUCCCAGAAAUUGUCCUUCAUCUGCCUUUAAGUGUGUUUAUCCCUGCGUUCGGUGCUCUUAGCACCACUGUAAAGGUUUCCUCCCCGAUUUAUAAUGUAUCAACAACUGCCAAUCUGGAGAACAAGGACUCAAACCUUGUAACGUCACUAAAUUCCAUCUGCACUUCUACCAUGAUCUUCCUGGAAUAUGACCUAUCUGCCAACGCGACCUUCGGCUUCAAUGACGGAGUAAUCAGUGUAAACGGGAAGUGCAACUUGAUUCACAACGAUGCUAAUGUCAAUUGGCAGCAUGUUUUGGCACAAAACCUAAGGAACAAACGCCAAACCCCUCCAGCUGAAUCAGUGGAGUCCCGUCACACUCUCAGUGUUGACAUCACUAGCCGAACAUUCACUGAUGUGAACCUCCGCUUUGCUUCUCGCAAAGAUGGCAUCACUGCAUCGAUGUCUUCUCCAUCCUCUGGUUUCCUUGGACUGUAUUUUCAGCGAAGGUCUCCAUCACAAUUGCACGGAAGACUGUUCAGUCGCUACCUGUCGACUCCCGAGAAGGACCUGGAUGUUUUCACUGCUAAAGCCACACUCAAAAACUCGCAGAAGUUAAUCUUACAGAUGCAGUGGAAUUGGGACUUCCUCCAUGCUGUCAUUGAGGGCACCAAGGAUAGGAUUCCUGCUAUGAACGAUGCUGUGCUCAAGUUCAUCAACAAGUACCACACUGCCCACUUUGGCUUUGACCUCAAUCGAGGCAGCAUGAAGCUAAAAAACACAGUUACCAAUGUCAUAGAGAGAGCCUAUAAUGAGGGUCCUGUGUCUCUUAACACACUGCAGAGUUCAGUCAAACAUCUCGGGGAUAAAGGAAGUGACAUGUACAGGGAGGCUUCUGACAGCUUGAUGUCGAUUAAUGUGCGGGACGUUAUUGGCAGUACGGCUGACAAGGUUACACAAGUCUUGAGACGCAGUGAGGAGCUGAUUAAUAUCUGGCUUGACGCAGUCAGGCAGUUCUUGAGUGACAUAAAGGUUAAAGUUCCUGGAUCUGAAGAGAAGAUAUCGAGUCUGCAGGUAUUCCAACAAACCCGUCGGUCUCUGUCUAGAGCCACCGACAGGGCAAGCCAAAGGUUUGCCAGCGUCAUGAAGGAGAUUGCUAGAUUUGUCAGAGGAAUUAAGUUUACCAUACCUGGAACUGAAGUUGUUGUUAAGGGAAAUGAGUUCAUGGAUAAUCUGACGAUGACUACAGCAUCUGCAUAUGACCAGCUGAGGCGGACACUGCGCAGGGGCUUCAGCUUACUUGGUGAUGUAGUCAACAACCUCUUCCAGAUGAUCACCGAAAGAGCAGAGAAUUUCAUCACCUACCUAAAAGACGAAAAUAAAGAAAUUGCUCCUCAAGUUGACGAUAUGUACGGAGAGCUUCUGCAGUUGUCAAAACACAACAUCGAAGAGGCAAAGAGACUUGUGGCUGAGUACAAACAGCUGACCAGGCUUAACAUACAAGAGGGAUACAAUGCAAUAACUAAGGAAGAAGUAAAUAGCCGCAUUGUUGAGUUGAUUGGUAUUUUGCAGUCACAUCUUUAUAGUGACCUUAAUGAAUUUGUAGACCUAAUGAGAUUGGUGUCAGAGAGCACAGAGCCAUACAUUAGGGUGACAAACAAAAAGGCUGACAUUGAAAUCCCUUUACCCUUCCGAUGGAAGUCUUUCAGUCAGUGACCAAUCCAAGUGGUGAAACAUACACCUCUUAAUCACAUGUCUGUGUGAACAAAAUUACGUAUUGUGUGUGACAUCUAUUAAAACUAGUAAAAAUGUAUUUUAACUCCUGUGAAACCUAUUCUAGUUGAUUUUAUGUGGUCAAUGGUUUAUAUAACGGUCGUAGUCCGUAGUCCGCUUUACAGUGUUUACUGCAAAGUACUGUUUGAUGCUGCUGCUGCUCAAUUAAACAACAAUAAAUAUGGACUUUUG